CGUUUGCGUUGCCGAUGGCCGUGAAAAAACUGAAAAUUAUUACAAAAACCCGUAAAAAUCAAUCAGCUCAUAAAAAAAAUAUUGUGUUUAAUUCACAGAGAAUAAUUUUAAAAUGUGAUAAACGCCAUAAUCUACUCUUACAUAGCGUUUUUCCAGAAUGCUGAUACAUAUUGCAAUAAUUGCUCGAGUUAACUUGUUCAAUUAUUUUAUGUUAUAAUUCUGCGUGCUAAUUUUUAAUGUUAUGGCUCCUGUUAACAACGACAGACACCCAAGUCAUACAGGCACCAUACCGAAGACGAAGGCUCGAAACAAUUGCAAUGUACCGCAAGAAGCUGUGACUCCCACAAGAAGAGACAUGACGACCAAUUUAGUUUCGACAUCUUUGGAUUGGGUGCCAGUUUCGGAAUACAAUACAAGAUCAAAUUACAAUAAAUCUAGGAAACCAUCAAAUAAUGCUUCUGACCAUGAACUGACUGAUUUAGAUAAUUCAGUAACAUUUGAGAGUGGAUUUGGAAGAUUUGUACCUGUUAGACCACAACCUCGUGCUUUACCUUUAAACGUCCAGAACCGUGAAAAUAUUACCGGUGAUCACCACGACGACGCGACAGCCUCGUCGGUGACUGGGCACACAUUACACCCUUAUGCACAUCAAAUGCAAAAUGGUUUGAUUCCACAUUCUAACCAUGCAGCUGCAGCUGUUAUGAUUGUCAAUCCUACUACACCUAAUGCAGUUACUGGAAAUAUAUCUCAACCUUUCAACGCUUCAAAUCAAAAUAGAAACAACUUGUCAAGAAAUCUAAACCCAGCACGGAAUAACUUUGAAACUAAUAGUCUUGCUAGCAACAAUAACACUACUCCCCCAAUAUCUAAUUCUCGUUCAGGAACGAAAACUGUUAAUUUAAUGAAUAAUAUGUAUGACCAAGGACAAGGCAGCUUCAACAACCUGAAUGAGAGCAAUUCUCUUCAUAGAGAAUCCGCAAGAGCUCUAGGUGAAGCGAUAGUAGCAGCGUGCCCUGACGCGGCUGCCGUUGAACGUCGACUAGGACAAAUACGAGAGUACAUACGUGUGACGUCAUCUCUCGUUGAUACCAUGCGGAAUUCGGAGGAUGAAGCCUUUAUUGAACACACAAAAGAGGAAUAUGAUGAAUUAGUUGAAAUGGUUAUGCAAUUGAAAGAAAGUGAAAACAAAUUGGAAAAUAUACUGGUCCAGAAAAAACCAGAUAAUGAAGAGGUUCCUGCAUUAGAAGAAGAUAGUGGACCUUCUAUCCCAGAGGCUAGUGGAAAGGCAGAAGAAAAAGUUGAAACUGUGAUACCACAAGACAAAACCAAUGAUCUUAAAAAUAAUAAUGAUAAUAUUGUAAACAAUAACCUAAAGAAGGUUACAAAUAUUGAAAAUGAGCAAUUGAACAAAACAUUGCAAAAUGUAAAAACUAGUGAUGACACACUAAAUAAGUCCCCAAAGGCUGCCACUUCUGAUCAGAGUAAUGAUAAUAAACAACAGACAUCUGAAACCGAUUUGGAAAAAGUGGUUGAUUCUCACGAAAAUUCAGAGAACAUUCUUGAAAUAGUAGAAAUAGAAUCGAUACCUUACAAAGAACCUGAAAUUAAAAAAGAUGAUCAGCACUUGAAUGCAAUUUUACGAAAAAAUAUUUUGUCGUGUGUUGAAAAGGUGGCAUUGAUUGAAGAAAUGAAAAACAAAUGCAAAUCACCAACUAAGCAGCAGGAUCAGCAGGAUCUUGUAACAAGACCUGUUUCAGUCCAAAGCAAUGGCUCUAUGUACAGCGACAAUGAACUUUGGCAAAACGAAAUCAAAAGUAAAAUGGAAUUAUCGCAAAUACGCUUGACAGCAUUAAAACAACAACAAAAGAGGCUUUUGAAAUAUCAAGAAGAAGCGAAACAACAAUUAGAAGAUGAGCACAGAGACAGACAAUCACAAGAAAUACAGCCAUCAACAUCACAUGACAAUUUUGUUGGUUUGCAGAACCAGUCGUUUAGCGGUAAUUACCACAAUCCAAAUCGAAUGUACGCUGCCAAUCAAAUCGGUGUCGCCACAACGCUGCCUCAUUCGACUGAAGCGCUGCAUACCCAACAAAACAUGUCUGAAAACAUAGAGAACGACCACGGCCACUCCAUUCACAAUCACAAUCAGGACGAACGGUUUACACACCGUGACGCCAAUGUUGCCAGCAGUGAGGAGGCAGCAGGAGUUGGCCGCGACAGUGACGGCGAAGAGGACGAAGGCUUGCUCAGUGAGCGUGGCCGUAUGCUGCAAAUGAAGCUGAGAGAACUACAGAUGAAAAAACAGCACAUGGAGAAUUUGGUAACUGAAUUCCAGAAACUACAAAUGGCGACGUGCCUUGAAAGUUCUCACAAUAAUUACUCCAGUUCGGGAGAAGACAGCGGCGAUGAAGAGCCAUCACGCAAAUGUAAUAAAAGUGGGGGGAAUAUUAAAAAUGAAGAUCCUUUCAAAUUAAUGGAAAUAAAAGCCAUCAAGACUGCACUUCAAAAGACAAAAGACCUUAUGCGGUCAGUGGAGAAUUACGAGACAGAACAACAAAUGGCCGCGGCAGUGAACGAUGAGACGUUCUCAAUACCCGGCCAUUCAAACAUUCAUGAUAACAAAUCCGAAGGCGGUGGCAGCAUGGGCGGAUGGUCACACGAUGGAAGCGUUUGCCGCGUUCGCAACUCGUUACCUCCGCGACACAAGUACACUAACGAACACCAUUCGCAGCACCAGCAUCAACAACAUCAACAACUGCAGCAACAUCAACAACUGCAACAACAUCAACAUCAACAGCUGCAGCAACAUCAACAGCUGCAGCAACAUCAACAGCUUCAACAACAUCAACAUCAACAACACCAGCAACAUCAACAUCAACAGCACCAGAGUCACGAAGCUAACAUAGCUACUUUACAAGAACUUGCGCAAGAAUUGCGCAUGGAAACUGAAAAGAUCAUGGGCGAACGCGCUCGAAUCAAAGAUAUGGUCUCAAAUAAAGAAGUAGCUCGUAAACAGAAGAAAGUGAACGAGGAGGUCCGAGCGGGCCCGAGUGGCGUUCCUGGCCCGGCCGAGCGCCGCCAAAUGCAGCUGCGGGCUUUGCUCGCUGAUAAGCAAAGGGAGCUUGAGGCGCUGCUGAAUAAAGAGAAAGUAUUAUGUGCUGGACCAGAACAACAGAAGAUAAAGCCUGAUUCAAGAACUGGUUCUAUUGUGAACCAAUCCUACAAUAGUGAGCAAGAGGAGCCAGACUCCCGAUCUGAACAGAUUUUAAUGGAUUCCCAAAACUCAAGGGAAACUGAAAACUUCAGGAGUGGCGGCGGCGACAGUGCGCUUGGCGGCCGGUCUGGUACCUCGGCGCCCUCGCACGCUCCCAGUACUUACGCCAGCGAUAGCGAUACGGCUUCUAGAAAUAAAUCCAAUCAAAGGAACCGGACCCGUCGAAGGCAGCCCCUGGAACGACCAGUCGAGGAAAAUGCACCUCAGCCCAACAAUGUUAAUCAAAACGCUCGUCAUGAAGCGCGAGUGGACUCUUCAAAUGUCAACAUGGUUCAACCCACUGCACAGAACGUUGAAACCCCUGCGAAUAUGCCGUACUCACAUUUGCCACCACCACCUUGGAAUAGCUCUAAGAGUAAUCAGGAUAUGAGAACCAACCAGUUCACGCAAAACAGCCACUCGCAGACCAUGGACCGCCUGAUGGGGACUCCUCAAAUGUCGUUCCCGCCCUCUAUGCCGUUCAACAUGAUGAUGCCUUACGGCAUGGUGGGCGGCUGCGGUUGCGGCUGCGGCUUCUGGGGCGCGUGGUGCUGGCAGCAGCUCGUCAUGCAGCAGCGCGAGAUACACCAGCUCAGGGACCAGCUCAACCACUUGGAAGAGCGUUGGCGUGCCGAGACCGCAUCGCAUACUCUCAACAAUCAAGUGCCGCCUGGAAAUCGGGCCAACAACUAUUGGGAUAACUUCCGAAGCUACUCUCGUCAAAACCUCCUAUCGGCGAACAGCAAGACGAACGCGGACGGGCACCUGGGCGCGGGCGGGCCGCCGCAGCCGCAGCCGCUGGCCGAGCGCUCGCACAACACGCUCACGCGCGCCGCCUCCCGCACGCCGCCCGCCAAGCGCAACGACGCCGCCGACCCGCGCCGCCGCAACCUCGCGCCCGACGUGCUGCACGCGCACCGGCCGCCCGACCAGCCGCCCGCCGAGCCCUCCAACCCCUUCCGCAACCUCAACGUCGCCGACCCCGUCCCCGAGGUCGUCCAGGCGCACUCCAACAACCUCAACUCCGCGCCCGCCAAGCGCAAGUCCUCCUCCAAGCUGCCCGCCAAGAACUCCACCGACCGCCGCAACUGCACGCUCGACUACUCGCAGACCAGCAACGUCAACAUCGCGAGCACUUCGGAGACCCCCAACCCCAACCUGGCGUCGACGAGCCGCGACGCGCACGACAAGGCCACCUCGAAGCUGUUCGACCUGCUCCGCGAGAACGUCUACUCGGAGGUCACCGCGCUGAUCGGCGUGAACGAGUCUCAUCCGGACUUCCUGAUCCAGCUGUUCAGGGAGCUGCAGCUGAUCAGCUCGGACCCGCUGCGGCAGAGAGUUCUGCAGUCGAUCCGCGGCGUUCUCUCGCAGUACAGCUCGAUCCUGGAGAAUCAGAGCGGCGAGCCCGGCCCCGAGGAGAGCCGGCCCGAGGAGAUAUCGACCACUUCGGAGGAGGCCGCGAACUAUCCCGAGUGCAGUUCGACCACCCGAAACGUGGGCGCGAGCCCGAUUCAGAUCGACAACAAAAUCGUUCGGUUUCUGCUGACCAAAAGUGACGAAGUGUUCACGAUGGAAAUGAUAGAAUCUCUGGCGUCGCAGAUCCUGGUCGGCUCGCCGGACGGCCGACCCUCGCAGCGGUCGAAGAAGAGGCUCGUCGAGGCGCUCGCCAAGUACGAGGGCAUCCGGGUGUCGGACGUCUCGAACGACAUAAUCGAGAACCUGCCGUUUCUGGUUUCGGGGACCGACGAGGGCGACGAGUCGAGUCAGCUGGCGAGCGAGCGCUCCGAGUCGUCCAUAUUGCAGGACGUGGCCGGCUCCCUGAACCUGUUCAGCUCGAGCGACGGCCAGCUGCACCAGCUGAACGCGUGUCCCUACGACAUGUGGCCGGGCCACGUGCACAUGGACAUCGACGGCGGCGACGUGAACGACGCCAGCCCGCGCUCGAGCCAGGAGGGCAAGAUGGAUCUCCUCAACUGCUCGGAGAUGCACAACGGGGACCUGGCCGAGGCCGACCAGACGUGCCGCUCGGAGGGCGAGGCGCGCGACGACGCGGCCGAGGCGCUGCCCGACGUGGUGGACACCGAGGAGCCCACGCCCACUGAGGCGGAAGCGGAAUGGCUCGGGCUUGACCGUGUGCCAACAAGGCUGCACAUGGGUGAAUCGUCUGAAAAACAAAAAGGUGAUGUUAAUAUUCAGUUACAUGUAGGAGCAAACACCCAAACUUAGCCUUGGCUAAUAUACUGUUUGAGUGGCAACUGAAAAGCAAUAAUAAAAUUAUUAAUCUUCAUCACCAUCUGUAACAGACAAAGAAAAUAAAUAGAAAUUAAUAUUAUUCUUCCUCUUUUUUCCAGAUUAAAUCUCGAGAAGUUUGACGAAAUCCUGUUAGUUUUUAAAUUUAUUCCUGUGAAUUUUUAGUAUUGUAAUCCAUUAUUAUUUAAUUAUCUUAACAUUAUUUACAUGACGUCCUUCAUUUGUGUAAUAUUUAUUGGUAUAAAUAAAUAUAUUAUGUAAUUAAAAACUGUUGUUAAAAAUAAAAACUCUCCCAAUUCCUA